CACCAUACUCAAUCUCAGAAUUCAGCCUGAUGGCUGAAAAUGGAGGCUCAAAGGCAAAGGAUGUCUUCAAGUAUCGUAAAGGCUACCACAAGCGGUCGCCGCGGGCGUGUGAUGAAUGUCGUUUACGCAAGAUAAAAUGCGACGGCGCGAGGCCUUGCAAACCCUGUGCCGUAUCUCAAAACACUUGCUCCUAUGAGUCUGGGAGAAAGCCACGACAAACUCCAACAGAGCGAAUCCGGGUGUUGGAGAAUCGGCUACGAAGUGUCAGGACGUCGUUGGAGAGCUUGAAAGCGCAACAUCCGCCUGACCAGACCGCGGACGUCGACAAGAUCCUUAGGACGGUUGACCUUUCCAUGCCACCACCUUCAGACAAUGAGUCAAGCUCCGAUGACGAUGACCCGGAUUCCUCGCGGCUGAACAGCAUGAUGGGCAGUUCUGGCCGAAGCUUUGCACACGGCCCAUGGCAGACCAGCUUCUAUGGCUCGUACUCCGGCUGUUCUUUUGUCUUGCGAACGCUUGAACUCUUUCGCAAGCCGCCAGACACUGUGGCCGCAAUGGACGGGACUCGACAGGUGAUCACUGAUUUGUACGAGGCGCCAAUACCGGACAUAGAAUCCUAUACACCUGCCGAAUCGCGGACCUUGCCCAGUCAACCAAUGGCCCUGGACUUGCUAGGGGUCGUCUUCACGAGAAAUUCACUACUUGUGCAGUUCCUCCACGAGGCGAAUUUUCGUGACAUGGUGUACCGGCUCUACAACGAAUCUGCGGUCCAGUUUAGCGCAUCUGGCCAGACUUUCAUGCCACUCUUUCACGCAGUCAUGGCGCUAGGUCUUUUGUCCGACAUACAAUGUCGGAGACAGGAUGGUUGCGAAUAUGCCGUGUCUGAAGCGACCAAACAUUUUCUUCUUGCCAGAAAAGGGCUUGAUGUCAGUCAGUGUGCUGAUCUGAUAUCACUGCAGACUCUGCUUUGCCUGAUCAUCUUCCUGAUUUCCACUUCACGAAUAACAGCGGCCCACGCUUACCUUGGCGUAGCAAGCUCGUCAGCUACGAGACUGGGUCUCCACAAGAAGGUUGAAGAAGGUAUAUCCUUGUCUCAGGCUCAGAGAGAUACCCGCACACGAGUAUUUCUGAGUCUGCUCCAACUCGACCUCUACGUGAGCUUGGUACUUGACAUCCCUGGCUUCAUCAAUCUGGACGAUAUUGACACAGAAAUCAUUGGCAAACUUCAGCCCAGCACUACGGGCAAACUGCCCUAUCCGUUCGACAUUACAGCGGAAAGCAGAGCUCAAUUCUCGGCCUCAGCAAAACACUUGGAGCUCCUAGUUUUGGCAGCUACGGGCGUGCAUAAUGCGUUUUAUCAGAGUCUUCGCGGACCUGAGAAGACCCGCAAAGAGCUAGACUUUACGAGCGUCGAUGUCAAAACAUUGAGAGAUGUCGAACACAAGUUUCGCCAAUGGACAAAAGGGUUGUCCGGCUUGCCAGCUUUCCCAGAAGAUCCGGAAACAUCUGCAAACAUGAAAUUCGAACUCGAAAUGACGUUCUACUUCGGGCAGUUGGUGAUGUAUCAACCCUUCCUGCACUACCUCGUCCCGAUGGCCCGCGGCUCUCCAACGACAAAGACACAAUCCGAACACGCAUUGGCAUGUAUGAAGAUUGCAGGCACAACUAUAAGUCGUACAGAUGUCAUGUACCAACGAGGCCUCCUGUGCCCUGCGUCGUGGAACACCAUUUAUACGCUCUUCCUUGCAGUGUCGUCUCUACUCUUCCUCAUAGCUACGCACCCCGGCACGUCAAGGCCCAGCAACGCCUGGAAGAAAGGUGAGCGCGGCAUUACGCUACUGGCCGCAAUGCGCUGCGUCGACAACGGUGCAGUCAAGUGUCUUCUCAACAUUAAGGUAGGGCCGAAACCGAUUUUGGGCGCAUUCUGGAGCACAUGGCCCUGCUCGUUUCCAACCAAUAGCUGACAUCAACCCUUGCAGAUGCUAAUCCACCAGCUAUCGCAUACUGUAUUGUUUGACGUCGACCAGAUCGUUGCGGCGACUGCGGGUAUAUGUCCAUGCAGCGCAGCCGGUGCUUUGCCUCAUGAAGCAUUGAGACGCAGUAUGUCCAAGGACAAGGCAGGCAGUUCGAUCCAUUCUGCAGGAUAUCCUACACCAGAUACUCCUCUGGAGUCACGCUCAAUUCAGUCUCCAUGGAGUAUCUCGGCUCCGGGAGCGGAUCAGAGUCAGUCAUGGUACAUAGGCAACCACGAUACCUUUUAUCGUGACGCAGACUCGAUCCUGGCUGAAGCACAAGCGAUGUCUAUGGCAAUGCCUAUGGACAGUUUUGACAUUUUUGGUGGUAUUUGAAGUCGACCCUCUCAAUUGAGAGGAUGCGUGCGACUCCGGUUGAUAAACGAGACACGAUCAGGCGGCGACGGCGCACAUGGUUAUGUACUUAUUAUCUUGCAUAGGGCUGAGCUAACCGGCGCAUUAGCGGUUCUUCUGGCCGGUAGUUGCUCUUGUGCAGCCGGAGUGAAUACAUAUAACAAUGUUUAUC